AUGCUGACAUCAGGAUACCGGGGCCCCGGUGCUUAUCGGGGAGUCGCCCAGGGUCUGCUCGAUCUCGCUAAGAAAGAAGGUAUCCGGGGAUACUUCCGGGGUUUUUUGCCAUCAUUAUUUGGAGUCCUCCAGGCCGCGAUUCAGUUUAUGACAUACGAGAAGCUUAAAAUCUGGCGACGCUCAAGUCGUCUCGAAUCGUCAAUUUCAGAUGGUGACAGGCAGCAACUACAAUCAGGUUCGAGACAGCAAGAGCAUAAAGAUGCAGCUUACAAUGGAAGUUCUAACAGAGAGGCAAUUGGUCAUAAGCGAAAUCGUGACAUCUCUGGAGCUCGUCAAUUGGCGCACCAGUCGCCAGCGCUCUCAAACUCGGACUACAUGGCCUUAUCUGCGCUGUCAAAAGUAUUUGCCGGCGUAUUGACGUACCCGUAUCAGGUGAUACGUUCGAGGCUACAGACACACGAUGCGGCUACGGUCUACUCUUCGGCAAGAAACGCUGUUUCUCAAACAUGGAAAUCCCAAGGUCUUGCUGGGUUUUAUCGAGGCAAAGUCCCCCCCGGUCCUCGCCUUUUGCCCUUCAAUAAGACUGUCGGCUCCGUCGGCUCAUGGUGGGAUAUGUCUUAA